AUGUCCGGGGUGGAGGUGAUUGCGGUCGUAGCCUGUGUGGCAGCUAUCGUCUCCGCCUACAGUGACGGAGCGAGGAUGUUUACUGCCAUUAGGAAGAAAUACCACGAGCGCCAGUCCACCCGGGAACUAGAACGGUCCCUCGCACGCGGCCGUACUGAGAUCCAAUCUCGGUUCGAUCAGCAUCGCCAAGAACUUGGCUGGCGAUACGAGCAAGGUGACUCGAUCGCUCGAGCGGGGACGACUUUGGACCUCAUGGCGUUGCAGACAGAGUCCGAGCAGGGUCGCGCUCGUACUAUACUCAUUUUGGGAGAUUUAUACCAGCGUAUCUCAACGCCACCGUCUGUUCCACCGUCUUUUUCGCUGUCCAUCGAUCCGACCUAUCAUGGGAUGAACUUGUAUGGCCAAGGACAUUCCACCAAAGGUCCGGACAGAUACUUGCCAUUCCAUACAACAGAGAUGGGGUAUCCCUCCGGCAGAUAUCCUGCAUCACCAGGCAGUUAUACACAAGGCCAGUUCCUACCGGAGGCCGUCUGCGCCUCACCGACGGAGACACCGGGGCCAGCGAGAAAAAGCGAGGCUACCAACCCAAGACCUCGCACACGAUCAUCGGGCAUUGGGUCAGUUGUGAGUAGUAUGGGCGACUUGUUCCAUCCCCGCCCAGGUCGUUGGAGUAUACCGUCAUUCCCGUCGUCAGCGCCCGAGCCUUGUUACCUACCACAGCCCGGAGGAAAUAGCGAAGUGUCACCGUCGACGCCUGGACCGAUUCCACAACUCGAUAUCACACCAGCUACGCCGCGUAGACCCAAGCUGCGAUCAAGCUCGAUACCCCACGACGUGUAUUGGGGCAACCCGUGGAAGCAAGAAAGCCCCACAGACUCCGACUCCGAGGACGCCAUCAGCCAUACCCCGAUCGACGAAGAAGAAAACAACCUCCUCUCGCCCAUCUCCCCACCCACACAAGCCCGCCAAGAUUCCCUCUCCGCAAACUCGACGGCUUCAACAGACUCCAACACGUCGAACCCCUCCACCCGAAGCAGCACCGACCGAUCUACCCAAGCAAUCAGACCGCUAUGGCCACCCAGCAAAACGAACAACUACCUGGGGUUCUGCAAAGGUGCGUGGAAAGUGCACACGGGAUUUCGUGGAUUCAAAAUCUACUCUGAGCCCGGAUCAGGUUAUUACACGCAACAGUCAUGGCUGCGGUGUACGAAGUGCGCGUUUGAAGCACCCAUGGCCCCUAAGAGUUCCAGUCGCAACCCGCAAUUCGAGGAAAGCGUGCGUACGCACAAAGCCAGCGGUAUUCGCUAUCGAUUCGAGUUCUUGGCGAAAUCACACGUGCCUUGUAAGCGGGACCCGGCAGCGCAUUUUGCUCCCAAUACUCCCCGCGGCACCUUUUGUUGUGUCUUCUGCUGUGCGAUGGCACAGGGCUCGACGCAGGUUUAUGGGAAUCUGGAUAUCUUUAUGGCUCAUCUAGCAGAACAUCAUUGGGCGGUUGAGAAGGGAACGUUGGAUGUUUUGCCCAGUCUGCGAUGUGUGGUUGGUCGGCUGGCGCCUGAUUCGGAGUAUUUUGAUGUGAAUAUUUUGCCGGUGCGCGGCUGA